AUGUUACAGUCUCGCAAAUUUUACCUUUCUCUCGUCGGCGUUGUUGCAUGGUCAAGCACGGCUGCAGACUCAAUCUUGUCUAUUCUGGAGGCAGCAUCGUUUUCUUCGGCUCAAUCGUCCCUCGUCAACAUUGCUGCUGUGGCAGGCACGGUCGACGUUGUCUCUCUCUGCUGCAUUGGCUUCUACAUGUUCCACAAUGUAGGAGAUGUCCGCGGAGCUCUAGAACGAUCAGGUCGGGCAAGAAAGGCUCUUGUAGCCACCAGCGUCCUUGUAUCAGGCGCUGCGCUGGUACUUUCCCUCAUCCUGAUCAUCAUGAUCAAGUCAAGAUGGGCAGAAGUUACUGCUGGCCCCCUCAGUGGACCAGUCUCAGACUGGGACAGCCAUGUCUCAGGUCAAAUAGCAGCCUGGGCCAUCUCCUGCUCCAGUCAGAUUAUCCUCUACACUUCGUCCCUGUGGAACCGCAAGACACCUAAAGUGCAGACCGUCGUCACAUCAGGUCCUCGUGACUCAGUCAUGAGUGAGCUGCGAACUUCACGCCCAAACAAUCUCCACUUCGCAGAGCCAGUCCAACCUUCGUCCCCUUUGGCCGCUCACCAGCAACCUGAGAUUCUAGGAGCCUUGCCCUCUCCUACCUUCUCCACUCGCUCAUCACAGUCACUCAAAUCUUUCAGAGAUUCUCUUCGUCACGUAGUCCGUCCAGUCACAUCGCGUACCACUCUCAUCAGCCAGAAGUCCUUCACCAAAGACGCCCCAGUCAGCAUUCAUUCGAAUCGGCAGUCAAUCGAUACCGUCUCCCAUUCAGAUGGUUUCGAUAGUUGGGACACAAGCAGCGUGAGUCUUCCAGCACGCGAUGUCGUUCUGCAAGCAGCACCAUCAAGAGGCACGACUUUGGAGCCAAUUCCCGGCAGUCGCCCGAAUUCGCCUGCGCGUGCAUUGGACGGUCCAUUCCUUUCAGAGCUUCCAGAGGAGGAGGAUGAAGACUUGGCCCCACCUCCCAGGAUGAUGCCAGACAUUUCGCGUCCUCCUAGUCCGGCAUGCAGCGAGGCUCAUAUUCAUCCACUAUUCAGGUCAGAAAGUCCGUCUGGUCUGCCACCUCCUGCAGCAACGCCUGGUACCAGCAUUAUGGCCAGCCCAUACUCAAACCAAGCCAUCGCAUGCCCUCCACGCUCAUUUAACCGGAUGAGGUCGAGCAGUAACCUCAGCCAAACUGCAGUAGGCCCUCCCUCUCUUCAUCAGGCCAGAAGCUUCACUCGCGAACGUGCGGCAAGCAUGCAGUCCAAGUCUAGGAGUCCAUCUCCUCCUAGUCGGGCAAUGACACCUCCGAUUCCUGACUUCGUGCUCAACUCCUCUCCACGAAGCAGCAUGAGCGGCUCCCGUCGAGUCGCCUUGCAAUACUCUCCAGAUCGAUGA